AUGAAAUUGACCAAAAAACGAUUGUCAGGUGAAAGGAUGUCUACAAGUACUGGAGAAAUUACUGAAAGUGAUCGUAAGCUUCUCGAUGAACUCAGAAAAAGGAUUCAUAAAGAAUUAGAAUUAGUGAAAGAAUAUGAUGAUGAUUUUUCACUUAUGAGAUGGUUAAUCGGAUGGGAUCGAAAAAUUGAUGUUGUGGUUCCAAAAAUCAAGUUCUCACUUCGUGCCAUUCAUGCACUUGGACUUGACCAAGAAGAUCUCUCAACACUGGAAAAAGUGGCACAAAAAUGUGAUGAUUGUAGUGUUCCACUUCGAUACCUUCCUGGAUCUUUAAUCGGAUUGGAUCAUGAGAAUAAUGUGGUCUCUCUUCAAAUGAUUGGACAUCUUGACGCAGCCGGUCUCAUGCCAGCCACAAGAAAUUCGGAUUUAUACAGAAUGAGAAUUGCUGAAAGUGAAGGAGUCAUGCAAAUUAUCAGAAAAAUGGAAAAAGAGCAAGGAAAACCAUUGGGAACAUCUGUCAUUUUCGAUCUUGACGGACUUUCAAUGGUUCAAAUUGAUUUGGCUGCUUUGAAGGUUGUGACUACCAUGCUCUCGCAGCUUCAGGAGAUGUUUCCUGAUGUAAUUCGUAAGAUAUUUAUUGUUAAUACACCAACAUUUAUUCAAGUACUCUGGAGUAUGAUCUCGCCAUGUCUUGCCAAGCAAACUCAACAGAAAGUCAAGAUUUUGGGAAACGAUUGGAAACAACAUUUGAAGGAGAAUAUUGGAGAAGAAGUGCUAUUUGAAAGAUGGGGUGGAACUAGAAAGGCUGAAACUGAAUAUGGAAAUGUUCGAAUGGGUGGCAAGAUUCCUGCUGAAUUGAAGUAUGACCCGGCCAACGAUCUUCCAGCUGAGAAGCUUACCAAACUCAACGUUUCUGCUCGUUCGACAACAUUUGUUCCCAUUACUCUCGAAGGAAAUGUACCAGGAAGAAAACUUUAUUGGUGGUGGAGGCUGGAGAAUAACGAUAUCAAUUUCUCGAUUCUUCGAGCAGCAGAAGGUGAAGAGAAAGUUGCAGAGCAUGACGAUGACUACAUGGUGCAUCCAAAAUUCAAACUUCAAACAGACUUCGUUCCGGAAGAUGGAGAAGUGUGUGCUGCGGAGCCUGGAGUAUAUAAAUUCGUAUUUGAUAAUACUCAUAGCAAAUUAAGAUCUAAAACUGUCAAAUAUUUUAUUGAGGUGCGGAAUCCUUGAGGAACCGGUACACACUAGAAAAUCGUAUUUAUUGUAAUGUAUACUUUCAUAACCUAUUAAAACGUUUAUUUUAUCCAUCAGCUUAUUUGUUGUAUUUGCUUUUUAAUUUCUGAUUUUUCAAAAUCAUUCGAACGACGUCAUAAAGUGCUAGUGAUAGCUAAUUAUACGUUUGAAAGUUUUUCUGUGCAUAUAAAUAUGUGGGGUACAGUAA